AUGGGGAAGUCUACAUCACUGAAGGUUGUCUCAACGACUGCCAACAAGGCGGGCGGGUCCACACCCAAAUCGGUUUCUCUCGCCAAAAAGAGCGGAAAGAAAAGAUUGGAAAAUGCAUCUGCAGUUGAUUUACGUCAACCUAAGGACAGGGAUCCUAGUGUCAACAAUGAUUCGGAGAUUCAAGAGCUGAUCGCAUCUCUUCCACCACUGAUCGACUUUGGGAGGAACGAUAUGGAAAUAGACGGCGAACUUGAUUCUGGUGACGAUCGCACCCACGACGACGACGACGACAAGGGCGAGGUGGAGGAGGAUGACGAGGAUACUGACGAAUCGACCAAGGAUUCUGUCAUUCUCGUGGAAAGUACUUACAAGCUUACGGAUACUGCAAACGACGAAGACACCAACAACAUGGGCCUGAAUACGGAUGAGGCAGUUUCCGAACUGACCGGUGUUACUGGUGAAGACAAGGAUCCUGAAUUGGCAUCUCCGCCGAGGAAGAAGGGACGGUCCCACAAGGUUUUGGUGGUCGCUCCGUCUACAGAAAUGGAUGUGGGCGGGAGCUCUUUGAGUGAACCCAGUGCUAAACGUACACAUUCAGCGUCUGCUUCACAAUCAACCACACCAACCGCACAAAAAACGGACACCACUUCCACGAAGCAAAGCUCUAAGGCCAAACGAAGACUACAACGCAGCUUGACAUUGGAAGAACGCCUAGAUGGGCUGCGACAAGUCAACUUGGACGGCAUGGAUGGUCAGGCUAUCUUGGUUGAACUGGGAAUGGCGUACAGCUAUCAAGGUCAACAAGGGGGGAACACGACCCAUGCCUCUAUUAUCUUGAACCAUAUUCUGGAUACGCUGGCAGACGUCCUAAAGAACGCGGAGGAGACGAUUCGCUUUCUUCCCUUGUCUGACAGCGCUUACAAGAAGUCUAAGCAGUGGAUCCGAACGGAAGCGGAUCUUCGACGGCUGAUUCCCGAUUACCGGAGCCUGUCCAAGUAUCUGGACAUGUCAUUCGGCAACAUGUCAUAUGCCUCAACUUCUAAUAAGCCAGGCGAAAAGAAGCUUCGUACAAGGAUGAGAGUGGGUUUUGAGGUUGAGGUGGCGGCAGGAACGAUUUGCCAAUAG